AUGGGCAGCACCAAGGAACCCGACUUCAUCAUCUCCUCCAUCACAGACGCUUCAGCCGUGGAAAAGCACCUCCCUUCGCUGCGAGUGCUGCUCCAGCACUGCGUCAACGAUGAGCCCGAGAUCUCAUCCAUCGGCUUCCUGGCGCCUCUCACCGAUCACGCGGCCACCAGCUACUGGCUAGACCUACUGUCCUCCUCCGUCAUUGGGCCCGGAGCAACAACCUCCUUGCUCAUAGCAACGGCUCCAGGAAGCGACCAGGUCGUCGCUACGGUGCAGCUCGCACGAAUGGCCAAGGAGACUCACGCUUACAAGGGCGAAGUCAGGAAGCUGAUGGUGCAUCCGGACUACCGGCGGCACGGGCUGGGACGAAGAAUGAUGGACGAGGUGGAACGGGUCGCGAGGGAGCAGUUUGGGUUGGAGAUGCUGGUGCUGGAUACGUCCAAGGAGACGCCGGCGAGGUGGUUUUACCUGCGGACGGGGUGGAACGAGUGGGGGAUCUGCCCGGACUAUGCAAAGUCGUCGAGCGGAGUGAAGCAUGAUUGCUCAUUCUUUUGCAAGAGUUUGGUAUGA